UUAAAAAACAAAAUACUCCAGUGAAAGAUGAUCAAGAGUGAAGAGGUAUCGGAACGCUCGCUCAUGUCGGUGGAUCAGUUGGGCGGCUCUGGAGGCGGAGGCGGUGGCUACUACCACCCCCAUUUUGGCCACCCCCAUCCGCAUCCACAUCCCCACCCACAUCCACAUGGCCUUCCCCAUGGACAUCCACACUCCCAUCCGCACAGUGGGCACUUGUAUCGCACGGGGAAUGGCCUGCUGGUCGGUGGCAAUUACCAGAAUGGGGGCAGUGAGUCGCCCACAGAGCUGGUAGACGAGAAGCCAAACAUUGCGUAUAUGGAGCUGAAGCACUACAUGGAAGUCACUCCCACGGCCACACCGGUGUCGGCGGCUCAGCAUUACAGCUUGAGUGCCUUGCACAGCAUGGGCACUCCGCCGGCCUCCUCGAGUCCCAUUCCGCCCUAUGGACCCGUCUCGCCGCAGUCCAGCUCCAAGACACCCACGGCACAGGACCUGCAGCCCCAGGAUCUGCAGUAUGUGACCACCAGCUCGGCCUCCUCCAAGGUGCAGCCCCUGCAGGUGCAACUGCAGCCCAUGAACCAUCAGUAUGCUUCCACCAUCAAGUACUGCUCGAAUAACACCAUUCUCAGUGCCAAUGACUACCAGCUCCUGACCAGCCACGAGGCUCAGGUGGAGCAGCAGCAGCAUCAGGGGACUCCGCAGCAACAGCAGCAAGUGCCGCUCCAGCAUUCGCCCAGCGGAGGAGUGGCCUAUCUGCCACGUAUCUCCACCUCGCCCAGCCAGGUGAUCAGCAAUGCCCAUGGAAUGUCCUCGCAUGGAGUGAACUACUCCAGUUCUAGCUCCUCGCCCGCCAAGUCACUCAAUGGAUCCGAUUCCUCGCCGCUCAGUCAGAAUCAGCAGCAGCAGCACCAGGGCAGCAAGACAGGAGGCACAGGCGGAGGAUCGGGUUCGGGUAAUCAGGAUGCAAUCAGUACACCGGACACCACCAAGAAGUCGGGCACUCGAAGGCCCGAAAAGCCUGCCCUUAGCUAUAUCAAUAUGAUUGGACAUGCCAUCAAGGAGUCGCCCACCGGCAAGCUGACGCUCUCCGAGAUUUAUGCCUAUUUGCAGAAGAGCUAUGAAUUCUUCCGCGGACCCUAUGUGGGCUGGAAGAACUCGGUGCGUCACAAUCUCAGCCUGAACGAGUGCUUCAAGAAGCUGCCCAAGGGCAUGGGCGUGGGCAAGCCGGGAAAGGGUAACUACUGGACCAUUGACGAGAACUCAGCACAUCUCUUCGAGGACGAGGGCAGCCUGAGGCGCAGGCCCAGGGGCUAUCGCUCCAAAAUCAAGGUCAAGGCGUAUGGGGGUCAUGCCAAUGGUUACUUUGCCGGAAGCUACGGGGAUGCGGGAAUGGACAAUGCCAACUUCUAUGCCUCGCCUGCUUACGGCAGCUAUGACUACAGUUCGGCUGGAGUCAGUGGCGUCUCCCCGGGCAGUGUCCAGGGCUUUGGAGAUGCCUGGAACGGUCAUGUAGCCCAUAGUGGAUCGUCUUCGAUGGGCGUCGUUGGCUCUUUGCCACAGUACUCCAACAUAUCCUGCCUGACCGCUGGCGGCAAUCUGAAUGGCUCCUCGGCCACGCCACCGCUGGCCCACUCUGCCCUUGGGAUGGCCCCCUCGGUGACGGGCUCCUCCAGUUCUCCGCUGGGUUCGGCGGCGCUUCAAAGCGAUUAUGCACCAACCGCCAGUCUCGUGGCCGCGGGCUACUCCUAUGCAACAAGUGCCAGCAGCCUGGACAAUGGUCUCCGCUCAAUCUCGCUGCAGCAGCUGCCCGGACUGUCCAGCAUCCAGCAGCAUCAUCAUCAUCAGCAGCACCACCAGCAGCAUCACCAGCAUCAGCAGCAGCAGCAGCACCAUGGUUCGCUGCACCAAAGUCAUGGUUCUAUGACGCCGCCGCCAUCGCAGUCCGGUGGCAACCAUGUCAUCGACCAUGCGCAUUCGCCCAUUGACCGGAAACCGGUUUACCUGCCGCCCAUCACACCGCCGCCCACUUCGGUGGCUUUGAAUGGAGGCGGCGGAGGUGGGGGAUACUAUGAGGCCCUCAAGUACUAGGCAUCAAAGGCCCAAUAAUGUUUCAUUACCUCAAAGGACACACACACAUAAUCACGUUAAACUAGGACUUAAGUAGAGCUUAGUGCUUAGUGGGGGAAACUCUCCAUUG